AAAUAUUGUCAUUUUUGUCGGAUGGUAAUUAGUCGUAUUGUUAUUCUCGGAUGGGAUAAAAAUGAGCGCUAUCGCUACCGUCGCUGGUUUGGUCGCAGUAUCCACAGUGGCCGCUGUUGUAUUUGUUAUGUCCCUCGUGGAUGGACAAUCGACCGCAAAUUCCACUAAUUUGAGCGGGAUACAGAACAACAGUCAAAACGGUCAAUGGAUCGAUCCGGACGGGCCCAGCGUGCAAUUCGUUUUAUUUACCAGAAAAACCGGGCCGGUCAACAUGAAAAUCGGCAACGAAGCGGAAUUCAAAAAAUCCAGCUUCAAUCUCGAUCACCCCACCAAAAUUAUCAUACACGGAUUCACCAGCAGCACCCAGGAAGAGUUUUUUAUACGACUCAGAGACGCGUACAUUCAAGCCGGAGAUUUCAAUAUAAUCGGAUUAGAUUGGUCCGUUUUGUGCAAAUUCGAGUACCUGUCAGCGAUGACAGGUGUCAGAGAAGCAGGACAGUACUUAGCCGAUUUUAUAAAAUGGCUGAAAACUAUGGGAGUGCCGCUGGAUAAUAUUCAUCUCAUAGGGCACAGCAUGGGGGCGCACGUGGCAGGCGUUGGAGCUGGUAAGGUAAAGAACGGAAAAGUCGGCAGGAUUACAGGACUCGAUCCGGCCAAACCCGGCUAUCGGGAUAAUAGAUGGGAUAAUAAAUUAGACGCCGGUGACGCUAGACUUGUAGAAGGAGUACACACGUUUAUCAGAGUUUUAGGCCUUCCUGAGACUGUGGGUCACGUAGAUUUUUACCCCAACGGCGGGAUCGCUCAGCCCGGUUGCCCGGAAUUGAGCAAUAUUUGGAGUUUCGGGGAAAGUUUGUUUUGUCAUCACGGUAGAGCGUACGAAUACUUUGCGGAAUCGAUUAUAAAUCAAAAGGCUUUUAAAAGCGUCAAGUGCGGUUCAAUACAAGAGGCUGUUUAUUCGAAAUGUAAACAAGAAUCGGACGUUUACAUGGGACAGCCUGAAUCUUAUGGUGAAACUGGUAUUUAUUAUUUUAAAACGAGAAGCAAACCGCCGUACAGUUUGUAAAUAAACUCAAAUAUUAUAUCUUGC